UUUCUCAUCUCGUUUCUCUAUGGUUUCUGUCAAAGAUAAUCGCAUUGAGGAGCCCACUGCCAAGGUGACAGUAUCGCUACUCGCACAAAUGGCAAUUCUUGGUUUUGUGGCUCUGGCCCCCUGGAACUUCGUACUCUCUGAACUAUCCUACUUGGAUGGUAAGUUUGAGAAUCACUUUGGUGCAACAGUACCGAUCUUCUAUGGAGCCGCUGUUAACAUUGCUCAACUACUACUCAUUUGGGUAGGGAAUAAGUUCACGUUCGCCCCACGUUUCGACUGGGGAUGUAUCAUCCUGUCGAUAUUCAAUAUACUCCUGGCUAUUGUUGCUAUGACUAUUGGCAAUGACAAUGCGGUUGAGAACCCUGGCCUGGGUUUCGGACUGGGUUUAGUAUGUGUCUUCUUACUUGGAUUUGGCCAUGCUGUUAUGGAGUCCUCAGCAUUCGGCCUUGCUGCCUUAUGCCCCAAAUCGUGUAUGAUUUGGGUGAUGGUCGGUGAGGGCUUUGCCGGUCUUGUUGGUUGGCCGCUUAGCAUGUUUCUUAAUUGGGCCCUGACAGCUGGUGGUGUUGAUCGAGUCGCUGAAUGGAGAUGUCUCAUAUUCUUCUGCGUAACCUCCCUUGUGACUAUCAUCAUCGUUCCCAUGUUCCGUAUGAUCACCUCCAAGCAUCCAUACAUGGCAGAAGUCCUCAAGAUAGAGCAGGAUCGAGCCAAGUCCA